UUUCUCCACAAGAAAUUUUAAAUUAAAUAUACAAUAUCUAUAAAAUAUAUGUAAUGUUUCUGCACCUCAUAAUUUGCUUAAAAUAUUUUUUUUUCUAACAAUUUCCUUUUUGUUAGCAUUUGUGGCCUAUUUUCUAUGAUUUUAAAGCUUAAAUUGAAAAAGCUGUACAUCUUUUAAUUUUUCUUAUUAUCUGUAAAUGUUUGUUAUUUUUUAAUAGUGGAAAAGUGGUACGAACCGAGAUGUUGCGAUUAUUCCGGAAGGUACUAUUGUUCAGCGUGUCAUUGGGGUUGUGAGGCAGUAAUUCCGGCGAGGGUAAUACAUAACUGGGACAUGAAUCCCCGACCCGUAUGUCAAGCUACUUUGCAGUUAUUAAAAAUUACUUCCAAAAAAGCAUUAAUCAAUUUGGAAAACUUGAAUCCGCGUCUUUUUACUUUAGUACACGAACUCAACUUGGUACGCAGGCUGCGGUAUGAACUCCACGGGAUGAGGAAGUACCUGUUGAUCUGUAGAUUUGCCAAUAAAGAUCGAUUCUUAUGGAAAAAUGUCGAUACACCUCAUCUCAUUGAGUCACCAGAUUUGUAUAGUUUACAAGAUUUAAUGGACACAUAUUCUGGAGAUUUGCCAACGAAAUUGCACGCAUUAACGGAUACAUUUUUAAAACACAUCAAAGUUGAUUGCGAAUUAUGCAAAGGUCGUGGUUAUUUAUGCGAGAUAUGUACAAACGACGAAGUUCUGUUCCCGUUUGACGAAUUCGCUUAUUGCUGUAGCGAAUGUGGUGCCCUACUUCAUAAACAUUGCUUUAAGAGAAAAAACGAAGAGUGUCCUAGAUGUAAACGACGUAAAACUAGGAAGCAGAAUAACGAGGAAAGUAUUACUUCUGAUUAAAUUAGGUACUGGUUGUUUUUUGUUUAAUAAUAUUAUUUUUUUAUUUAUGAAAGAUGUUAAAGUUGUUUUUAAUUUUUUAU